AUGAAAAGUAGCCCCAUUCGUAAAUAUGAGAAUUUCUCCAACGACCAUCAAGGGAAGGACACCGACAAAUAUUCGCUAGAUAGCCAAGACACCGCUAGUUUGCAUUCGGAGGAGGGGGGUGGGAGGCGCGGCGUGAUUGACGUGAGCGCCGGUGCCGGUGACAUGUGGAUCAGCGCCGUUGAGAGUUCUAUCCUGUCAUGGGAGGAGGUGGCGGAUCGACUGCACGUGGACGUCCGCCGUGGUCUAUCAUGGCGGGAAGCAAACGAUCGCAUGAACUUCGUGGGGCCCAACGAGUUCCAGGUGAAAGAGCAGGACCCACUUUGGAAGAAAUAUAUCGAGCAGUUCCAGAAUCCGCUUAUUCUACUUCUGCUUGCUUCGGCUUUUGUGAGCGUCUGCAUGCGGCAGUUCGACGACGCGACGUCCAUCACCGUCGCCAUCAUCAUCGUGGUGACUGUCGCCUUCGUUCAGGAGUACCGCUCGGAGAAGUCAUUGGAGGAGCUCAAUAAGCUAGUGCCACCAUCAUGCAAUUGUCUCAGAGAAGGGAGCCUAGAACACUUCCUCGCUCGGAACCUAGUUCCGGGCGAUAUCGUCCACUUGAACGUCGGCGACAGGGUUCCAGCGGACUUGCGACUCUUCGAGUCGUCAGACUUGGCCAUCGAUGAGUCGUCUUUCACUGGAGAGACCGAACCGGCCGUCAAAAGUGUCCUGCCGAACAAAGCAGCCGCUGGCAGAGUCAAUAAGGACAAUAUAGCCUUCUUGGGGACUCUUGUUCGUUGUGGGAAUGCUAAGGGCAUAGUGGUAAGCACUGGAGAGCGUUCAGAAUUUGGAGAUAUAUUCCGCAUGAUGCAAGCGGAAGAGGCACCGAAAACUCCGCUGCAGAAGUCCAUGGACACCCUUGGGGCGCAGCUGUCCUUGUAUUCCUUCUGUAUCAUUGGCUUCAUUAUGAUCACCGGCUGGCUACAGGGCAAAGCCAUACAAGACAUGUUCACCAUCGGCGUGAGUUUAGCCGUGGCUGCUAUCCCUGAAGGCCUGCCGAUUGUAGUGACUGUGACUUUGGCGCUUGGCGUUAUGCGUAUGGCGAAACGUAACGCGAUCGUAAAGAAGUUGCCCACUGUGGAGACCCUGGGGUGCGUCAAUGUGAUUUGUAGCGACAAGACUGGUACGCUGACGAAGAACGAGAUGACGGUGACGCAGCUGUGCGCGUCGGGCGGGCACAUCGCGGAGGUGUCGGGCGCGGGCUACAGCGCGCGCGGCGACGUGCAGCUGCGCGCCUACAAGGGCCGCGACCUCACCGUCGCGCGCUCCGCGCUGCACUCCAUGCUCGAGGUCGGCGUCCUUUGCAACAACGCGUCGAUCCGCGACGAAGUACUCUACGGGCAGCCCACAGAGGGCGCGCUGCUAGCAUGUGCCUUCAAGAAUGGCAUGCACGACAUACGGGAAGAAUACACGCGUCUCCACGAGAUACCUUUCAGUUCGGAAACGAAAAUGAUGGUUGUGAAGUGUGCGCCAAAGUUCGGGGAUGGUAAACUGAAAGAGGAGGUCUUCGUAAAGGGCGCGAUCGAGAAUGUUCUGCCGCUGUGCACCCACUACAUAGACAGCGCCGGCAACUACGCACCAAUGACCCGCGACAAACAGAACGACUUUCUCUCCGAGGCCUAUAACAUUGGGAGAAUGGGGCUGCGUGUAAUCGCGCUGUGCCGCGGCGCGUCGCUGCAGUCGCUGACGUACACGGGCCUGUGCGGCGUGUGCGACCCGCCGCGCGCCAACGUGCGCGCCGCCGUGGCCACGCUGCGCCGCGCCGGCGUCACCGUCAAGAUGCUCACCGGCGACGCCAGCUCCACCGCGCGAGCCGUCGCUCAAAUGAUUGGAUUGGACGUGUUGCACUCACAGUCUCUCUCUGGCGAGCAGUUGGACUCCAUGUCGGAUGAAGAGUUGGAUAGGAUAAUUGAGACAGUGAGCGUAUUCUACCGGGUAACACCGAAGCACAAACUUGCGAUCGUUAAGUCGCUCCAAAGGCUUGGCAAUAUCGUGGGAAUGACAGGGGACGGUGUAAACGACGGCGUGGCGUUGAAACGCGCAGACAUUGGAAUAGCGAUGGGUCGAAACGGUACGGACGUGUGCAAGGAAGCGGCCGACAUGAUUCUCGUCGACGACGACUUUGCUACAAUAAUAGCGGCUAUAGAGGAGGGCAAGUGUAUUUUCUACAACAUCCGCAACUUCGUCCGCUUCCAGCUGUCGACUUCUAUAGCGGCGCUGUCGCUUAUCGCACUGGCAACACUUAUGGGGAUACCCAAUCCCCUUAACGCUAUGCAGAUAUUAUGGAUCAAUAUUAUUAUGGACGGUCCGCCGGCGCAGUCGCUGGGCGUGGAGCCGGUGGACCACGAGGUGGUGCUGCGGCGGCCGCGCGACACGUCGCGCCGCAUCAUCUCGCGCGGCCUGCUGCUGUCCGUGCUGCUGUCCGCCGCCAUCAUCAUCGCCGGCACGCUCUGGGUCUUCAACCGCGAGAUGUCAGAUAACAAGAUAACCCCCCGAGAUACGACGAUGACUUUCACGUGCUUCGUGUUAUUCGACAUGUUCAACGCUCUCUCGUGCCGCACACAGUCAAAAUCUGUGUUCCAAGUGGGCCUAUUCUCUAAUCGCAUGUUCUUGGUGGCAGUGACUUUGAGCUUGGUGGGACAAAUGCUCGUGAUAUAUUUCCCGCCGCUUCAGCGAGUGUUCCAAACUGAGGCUCUUACCGGCCAUGAUCUCAUAUUCUUAGUUUGCCUGACGUCAAGCGUGUUCAUAGUUAGCGAGAUUAAAAAGUUUAUAGAGCGCACCAUCAAGAAGCGGUCGCACGGAAAGUUCUCGACGAAGGCCCACGACGCCAUGGAUUUCGUAUGA